UGUGUCUGAAGUGAAAACACUGGUACUAAAGGGGCAGAUCCGAGGACCAGAUACGAGCGACCGUGUGGAGCUGCCGAGCUCACACACCCCUCGGGUUUUUCAACGGCUCCUCGCUGCCUCGCCUCGCCUCCUCCUGGGGACCAUCAUGGUGGCUAAAAACAGAAAACAGACCGGGAAGAGUCCAGCGACCCCGGCUGACCGCGACAGGAGCCCGCUCGUCUCGCCCCCUGGCAAAAGUAACGUUAGGCGACCAGGCAGGGAUGGCAAAGCUUUCAACAGCUCUCAUUCAAACGGGCUCUCCGGCAUCAGACACAAGCUGGGGCUAACUCCCUCCACAGUCGCGAAGCUGGGAAUCACUCUCCUCCUCGCUUCUCUGACUGGAUAUCUCCACUGGUAUCAUCUUACGCAGCUCUUUGAGAAUGACAGACACUUUUCUCACUUGUCUAACCUGGAGAAGGAAAUGGCUUUUCGGACAGAAAUGGGUCUGUACUAUUCCUACUACAAGACUAUUAUUGAGGCUCCGUCUUUCCUGGAUGGCCUCCACAUGGUUAUGAACGAUCGUCUGACAGAAUACCCCCUGGUUAUUAACACGCUGAAGAGAUUCAAUCUCUAUCCAGAGGUGGUCCUGGCCAGCUGGUACCGCAUAUACACAGGUGUAAUGGGCUACUUUGGGAUUCCUACAAAGAUGUGCUGGUCCAUCAACAGAGGAGAGGGACUCACGCCUGUGGACAGUUGUGAAGGGAUGGGCGACCCGGCGUAUUUCUACGUGACCUGUGUAUUCCUACUGAACGGCGCGAUGAUGAGCCUCUUCUUCAUGUACGGUGCUUAUCUCAGCGGCAGUCGGCUGGGCGGCGUCGUUACCACGGUGUGUUUUUUCUUCAAUCACGGCGAGAGCACUCGUGUGAUGUGGACUCCGCCCCUGAGGGAGAGCUUUGCCUACCCCUUCCUUGUCCUGCAGAUGCUGCUUCUCACCUACAUCCUGCGGACACGGAACCCAAGCAGGACAGCCAUGGUUGCUCUGGGCAUCUCCAAUUUGUGCUUUAUGCUGCCUUGGCAGUUCGCCCAGUUCGUGCUGCUCACUCAGGUGGCUUCUCUAUUUGCGUCGUAUAUCCUGGGUUACCUCGGCGCCGCAAAGAUGCAGUCUAUCCUGGUCACUCAUAUGAUCACACUCGCCGUCUGCUUUAUCCUGAUGUUUGGCAACUCCAUGCUCCUCACGUCCUUCUACGCCUCCUCGCUCGUCUCCAUCUGGGGAAUCAUUGCAUUGAGGGAUCGAUUUGCUCAAUUCUUCAAACCUGGCAUCGUCACCUGGGUCAUGCAGGGUCUGGCUUGGGUCGGCUCCACCGUUCUCUUCAAAUUCAUGCUGUCCACAAUCCUCGGUGCCUCUGAUGAUGCUCACAUCAGUGGGCUGAUCAAGUCUAAGUUCACUAGCUACAAGGACUUCCACACUCUGAUGUACACAUGUGCUGCAGAGUUUGACUUCAUGGAGUUAGAGACUCCUGUACGUUACAUCAAAACAUUGCUGCUGCCCAUCAACAUGCUGGUGGUUGCUCUCAUUGCUUGGAGGACCGUGCAGGAUAUAAUCAGAUUCCUGAGGGACGGCGGGAAGGCGUCUGUCAAGACUGACGAUGUUGAUGAAGCUGCAGGGCCUGAAAUAGUCGCAAAGGGAGAGCUGGUGUAUCACAGCCUGCAGCUGGUGGCGUUCGCUGUCCUGGCCGUCCUCAUCAUGCGUCUGAAGCUCUUCCUCACGCCGCACAUGUGCAUCAUGGCCUCGCUGAUCUGCUCCAAACAGUUGUUCGGCUGGAUCGGGGAGAAGUUUAAGCACCAGGUUGUAGUGUUUGCUGUCUUGGCUAUCAUGGCUGUACAGGGAGUGGCCAACCUGCAGGCCCAGUGGGCGAUUAUCGGCGAGUUCAGCAAUCUGCCGCAGGAGGAGCUGCUGGACUGGAUCCAGGACAACACCCGGCCAGAUUCUGUGUUUGCGGGAGCCAUGCCCACCAUGGCCAGUGUGAAGCUGUCCACAGGUCGACCCAUCGUCAACCACCCACACUAUGAAGACGCUGGUCUGAGGGAGAGAACCAAGCUGGUCUACUCCAUGUACAGCCGCAUGUCUGGAGAAACCGUAAAGAGGAACCUGAUGAAGCUCGGAGUGGACUUCUUCGUCCUGGAGGAUUCGUGGUGCACCAGGAGAACCAGACCCGGGUGCAGUAUGCCAGAGAUCUGGGAUAUUGAGGAUCCCCAAAAUGUCGGUAAAAUUCCUCUCUGCACCCACAUGUCCAGGAACUCACGGCCUCACUUCACCACAGUCUUUUCCAAUGACAUUUACAAAGUUCUCAAAGUCCCCAAAGUCACCAAAGAUCUCAGAUAACAGCGUGGGAUGGACUGGUUCAGCGCCAAACUUGCUCUUUUUCACAUUUUUUUUCGGUCUGUCACUGCCGUUGCUGCUUUUUACUUCCCAAAACUCAAACACACAUAGUUCCCCUUUUUUGCGGUGCUCUGAUUGACUGGGCAGUGGACUAAUAUUGGUCGGACUCGCCAAAACAACUUGUAACGGUUUUCGGUAUUUAUGACUUAAAGAAACCCCUGAUUCACUACAUUUUGCCAAUCAACCCUAUUGCUGCAUCUUUCCCCCUGUUCCCAUUACGCUCCAGUUGGUGCCCAAGUGAAGGCUAAAAGUUGUUGUAGCUCUUCAUGUAGCUUGCUGCAUUGGUUCUGUUACAAAGAAUCCCUAUUUUAAGUAACAUUGUGUCCUCAGAGAUGCUGUUCAUACAUCAGUAUUGUUUUUAUUGCUGUUUAGAAUUGAUUUUCUGUGAUUCAAGCUUAAAGGGGACAUAUCAUUACACAUUUCCAGGUCUGUAUUUUUAUUCUGGGGCUCUACUGGAAUAUCUUUGCAUGAUUUACAGUUCAAAAACUCAUUUAUCUUGUACUGACUCUUCAUGCAGCCUCUCAGUUCAGCCUCUGUCUGAAACCACUAUGUUCUGACUGGCCAGCUCUCUGAAGCUGCCCUUCUUCAGACUUUCACCAGCUCCGGUGGCUAUGUAAACCAAUAGUAGUAGUAGGAUUUCACUUCUUUUUCUCGUUUUUUUUUUUUUAACUCAAAUAAAAACUUCUCAAACAAAUGCAUACAUGUUCAAGCCCAAAUCUGAUCAGAAAUAUGUGAGCGGACAACAUGAACAACCCAUUGAACAACUUUAGCAACAAAGGUAAUGGAACAGAUGGCCGUUUGUGGGCAUGUGCGAACAAUCUGACGUCAUUUCGGUGGGGAAGUAGGGAACUUAGUAACUUUGCAAACUUUGUCCUGGCUUUUGACUCAGAUAAAGCAUUUUUACAUAUGUUCAUCUCAUGUAUUGGAACUUUGACCACAUAAACAUCCAACAUCAUAACAGUAUCAAAAUAACAUAGAUAGAAAAUCACAAUAAGCAUGAUAUGUCCCCUUUAAGAAGUACAUUUUGUCUGACAGGACCAAUCCAUGAUGUCCACAUACUGUGAAGCAAUACCCUUUGCAAACUUGACAAAAGCUGACUUCUUCUGUUGUUAUGCACAGUGUUGUCCUCUAAAAAGAUUUUUCAGUAGUAUACUAUUUUUAUAAUUUAUUUGUGUGAGUAUUUUUAUGCAAACCUCAAGGUGUUGAGACAUUUUCUUUAGAAGCGAAGAACGUUUUAAGAGUCUUUGGAAUCACAGGGGAAAUUCCUGUUCAUGUGUUUGGAAGCUUUUAAAAACCUUUUUCAUACAUAUCAUUCAGUAUUGGCCUCUAGAUGAAAUUCAGUCGAUCCAGAAUGAGAUUUUUAACAAAAGUUCACUUUUGUUCUUACUUCAGUUAUACUUUGAAAGUAAGAAUUUCUUUAUGGCGAACCAUUUGCCGUUUUUGAAUUUAAAACCAUUUCAACUUUAUGUUGAAAGUUUUUCCCCCAGCUGUGCCAUGUAACAACUUUUUUUUGUAAAUACCCAAACAUUUGUUUUGUAAAAUACCAAUGUACGGCCUUUAAGAGGUUCCUUGUGUUUCUUUAAUUAUUGUUUUUUGCCAAAGGAAGUCUGAUAUUAAAGUUUUGUAUUUGGGGUACUGUAG